GUGUAGCAGAGGAAGCUGUGCGUCGAUCCCUCGCCUAGUGUAGUUGUUGUGCUAGAAAUUAGCUGUUUUUUCAUCUAAAAAUGUGUUGACCGACGGCCACGGAUACCGAAAGCGAGCAGGACUCAUUCGUGGGAUAGACUAUCAUUUCCGCGAAGAAGCUGAGACGUUCGAACCGCGGGCGCGCGCGCGUGUGUGUGUGUCCUCGCGUGUUUUUCUCUCUCUCUCACUCUCUCUCUCUCGCUCGUUCUCCUACUCGCGCACGAGCGUGUUUUUCCAUGCAGCAGCCGGAGAAAGGAGGAGCAAGGUCGGACUAAGGGCCAGCAGCUGUUCCUCCAGAGGACGACGCUCGCGAGAUCCUCGCGAAAGACAGGCCGGUGCGCUCGAGUGCGGAGUAGGCAAUAGCGAGAUCUCGGCUGAUAGGUGCGUGCACAUAGAACACUACAAAGUGCGGCCAGAGAAAGAGGUCGAAGAAGGAGGAUGGGCAUCCGGUGCUCAGCCUCAGCAGCCCUCGUCGAGAAGCAGCUCACCGCGCCGCAGCUGGCGGCAGGCCGGCCCAUCGCCUAGGGAUGGUAUCACCGUCCAAGCUCCAGCAGCAACAGCAGCAACGCCACAAGCUCCUCAGCGCCAGUAGCCUUCAGCGGCCCAGGAACAACGGGGAGACCAGCGCAGCAGCCACCUCGAAAAUACCCGUCGACAGCAAAGUACGCAUCCAAAAAGGACCCAAGCCCCUGGAGAAGAAGACCUUCUACCUGGACAUCAAGAACCAUGCUCUCUCCUCGAAGUUAGAAGCCAGAAUCAAGGAACUCGGUGGGGGAAUAGAACUGUUCCUGGUGAAGAGUGUCAGCCUUGUGAUCUCGGACAGGACUGACAAGUCUGGCCAGACAGCUGGAGACAAACGCAAAUGGGGUUACACCAGUGGAGGGAGCGGGGGUCCCCCCUCGCUGAGGAGUAUAGAGGUCCCAACUCCUACUCCGACUCCCCCAACGCCGUACCGCAGUGUUGAAGGCCCCCUCUCAAACUCAACAAAUCAACGGGGUCAAACUACCCAGAGAUCGAAAUCGCGGGUGGAUGCAAUGUUGGAGCGUGCUCUGACACAGCCACAGCAGUGUUCCGUGGAUCCGCUCAAUAACGCCCAGACUUGGGGUAUACCCAUUUGGACAUCCUGCCAGCUGCUAACCUGGCUGGAGAAGAUUUCUGCAUCUCUGAAGGAUACUAAUAGUUUGAAACGAGACAGUCACACUGGCUCGGGAAAGGACCUAAAGGUUAAGCAAUUGAAAGAACCGUAUAUCAAGUUUGAGUCUUACAAGAGGGAGACAAGACCAGUCUUUCUGGAAUUGCAAGCGUGGCCCACUCUCAACUUUGAUGGUGACCCAGGCUCUUGUCCCUUUGAUUUAAAACGUCGCGAAAAAAAGGAAGUAUCCAUCAACAAGGAGAUCAAGGAAAACAGAGAGAAAUAUUUUAGUCCUAAUUUAUCAAAGGGCAAAGACAUGACUCGUAGGCCUCGCGCCACAGCUACUCGCGCUCGCAAGACAGAAAAUACCGGGUAUUGCGAAAUCUGUCGGAUUGAUUACCGAAAUUUAUCCAAACAUCUGCAGAGUGACCAACAUCUAAACUUUGUACGCAAUGACAAGAAUUUCUUGUCUCUGGAUAAUUUAAUCAGCACUGGAGCAAGUGUAGAAGCUUUUCUGAAGAUAAACAGGUCAAAAGAUGUCAGUAAAGCCUGCAAUCUUUUCGCCAGUCGAGAUCACAGCCUUGAGAAUGGCAUACUAUCGGCGGACGAAAAGCCGGAAAAAAAGGACAAAUCAAGCUUGAAUGAGUUUGGCAUUGAUGACAUGAAGAUGAUACAGUGCAACGGUGCCCGCAGGAAUUUAAAUUUGGACUCUCAUCAUAAUUUGAGAACAAGAGCAAAGCACGAAAGUGGCCAUCUACUCAGGUCUAAGGGAAAACCAAGUGACGAAGUGGAAAAAAGUGAAAAGUCCUGUGAGAAAUUUAUCAUUAAGAAGCGUGCAAAAGGAAUCCUUUGGAUAGAGGAGAAUGAUUCGGAAGAGGAAAAAUGUAUGGAAAAUGAGCAAGAGUGUGGUGAUAAAAAGCCAUUACUUGAUAGGCUUUGUGAGACAGAGGCAAACAAAGCCGUGGAUGAUGGUGAAAACACGCCCGAAAAUGUGUCUGUAAACGGUGAUGUUGAUCCUGAUACUGCUGACUGCAAACGCAAGGAAAGCAGUCCUACUAAAGUUACUACUAAGGACAAUGUGCUGAGAGACUCUUUGCUAGAAGUCAACUCAAAGAUAAAGGUCAAUGGCUAUGAAAAAAGAGAAGAAAAGCGCAAAGUAAGUGAAGGUUUGAACAGUGCUGACAACAAUGAGACAAAAGAAGUGUACGAUGUUGAACCCACUGUGGACUCUAUAGACUGCAAUAGUGUUGAUACUGUUAAUAAUACUGAAAAACCGUCUCUCCUUGACAAUGAAGAUACUAAUUCGCUAAAGAGUGUAAGUAGAGACGAUCGCGGUAAAAUCAGAUCGUCGAGAAGAGGUGGCAGGACCUACAAAGGUCGGCAGAGAUUAUCGGUUGAGGAAAGGUUGAUAGAGGACAAUAGGGAGUAUUACAAAGUUGAAGUGCUGGGUAACAAGUUGAGGUCCAGUGCGAUUCCAAGUAGCAACGUUUGCGUUUCUCCGUCGAAACAGGAGGAAGCUGACAAGGCGAAAAAGGAUGACAAGCCGUCGAGCGAAAAGCCGGUGGUGGUGCGUUUUAAACGUGUGAGAAAGUCGGAACUCUCUCUGCUUAGCGAUGAGGCGGAAAUGUUCAUGUUCGGAGAUUCCCGACGUGAUGACGAGUCCAGUGAAGCUAGUGACGGCGAGCAAAGCAGCGUUUUGCCACAGGACACGGAAAGUGAUGGGGUAGAAAUCGUGAACUCUUUUGUGGUGAGUUCUUCUCCUGCAAAUGCGUCUAUUAAGAUUGAAAAACAAGAGAUAACCGAAGACGAGUCUCAAGAUUCGUGCUCGGGAAGGGCGAAGAAAAGAAGAAGAACUCAAACUGAGGCUUUGAUUAAGGAUAACACCGACUACUACAAAUUCGAGACUCCCGGCAGUAGAUUAAGAUACCAAGCUCCUUUGACGGGUAUCAGCGAGCCAGUACCUGAAAAAGAUGAAGCGCAGUCCCAGGACCCGGCAGCAACACCAGCUGCUGUCGAGAAAGUCUAUCCGUCCAAACCUUCGCCGGAAGUUGAAAAGAUGCAUUUUUCCUUCGAAGCUGUACCAAAGUCCGAACCCUGGUACCAAACGUACCAACGGCAGGAUGAAGGUGCCGAGUACUAUCACUUCUUUAGCGAAGUUGAAAAGCCAUUCCUAUUACCAUAUGAGAUCGAGGAUUUCCACGAAAUUUUACACAGGACUAUCCAAAAUAGUAUGAAAAAGCGAGGUCGUAGCCGGGGCGGACACGUUAAUCUGGGCACCAGGUCUCCAAGGAAGAGUCCACGCUGUCACGCAUCGACGCUCGCGAUCAUGUCCACGAUCAUCAAACGUAGAGAGCAAGCGACGAAUCUCAGCACGAUAGAAGAGGAGAAACCCAAAGUUAACGAAACGUCUAAGAGCGAAAAGAAAAGCUCGGAAAAAUCGGACGUCGACGAGGAUCUGAAGGAAAUCGUGAAAAACCUCGAUGAAAUGUUGAGCAGCAACGACAUGCAGGAUAUGGACUCGUUUGAGGUCGAUUUGUUAAAGAAUGCGGAGGACGUUAUUGUACCUGAAGUUCCAAAAGGGGCACCAGUAAAUUUGAUCGAGUUACUUGACCAAUGCCAUGACGCCGUGCCAAACGGAAUUGAGAACUCGUCUUGUGCGAGCUCUGAGUGCGGCGAACAGAAUGUUGAAAGUCCUGCGAAGCGACGAAAGAAAAGGAAAAACAAAACUGGCUGGCCAGGCAACAAGAUGAGACGAAAGCUACACAUCAAAAAUCUGGGUGAGGAGUUGCAAAAAGAAUUGGAUUUAGAGAAAAGGGCCGCGGAAGAGGUCGGGAAUAGGUCGGUGACUGAUGCGGAGAUUACGGAGGACGGCACGACGUCGCAGUUAUCACACGAUGAGGAAGACAACGAGACAGAACACGAAACCGGCAAGGAAAACGAGCAGUUACUCAAUACGAUUGAGGGUAGCAAACCGAGUAAGAGUCGUAAGAUCAAGAGUAAGGAGUGCAAAGAGUUCAAAGAACCUCCACAAGAUUUAAGCGAAUCGAAAGAGUCUGAGGAAGCUCAAGACAAAACAGUGCUCAAGUCGGUGUGCGCUGACGAAAUUUCUACGCGAAAGAAGAGGUCCGCGAGUUCCGACAAGUGCAAAGUAGAACCUGAAGAAGAAGAAUCUCAUAGCCAGGAACUUACAGAGAGAGGAGGACCUUUGUCGAGUAUUAGCGAAGACUCUGAAGAGUCGAUGUCCAACAACGAGAACGUAUGUACGAAGGAUGCGAACUCGUUGGCACCGUUAGAAAAGAAUUCGCCUCUAAAGUGCUGUCGCAAACGGAAAAGAAACAACACAACGUCUUCCGAGGCAUCGCAUCAUACAGAAAUCGAAAACCGACGAAGCGGUGUCGGUUCAUCUCCCAAAAAACAACAAAAGGACUCCAGUGACAAUACUCAGGAUCUACCAUUGAGCAGUCGAAAAAAUAGCCGAAAAAAAUCGAAAAAGAACAGCCGUACGCCCUCCAAAGUUGUGCUCGAGGUCGAAAACUGUAAAAAAGAGGCUUUUUUAUCCGCAAGUGAAAGAAAAAGGUUAAAAAGGGCACAAAGAAACGACAGCGUGUCGUCCGAGCUUCAAAACGGUGAGAUGGAUCCAGCUCUGUCAGAGCGGGUAUCCCCGACUCUGGUAGCUUCAUCGGACGUCGACCAAAGGCGCUCGAGUAUCGACUUCCAGCCCGUCGUCAGGGUAAUGAAGAUCGAGGACCAGGUUGACAUGGACAGUAACAGCGGCAGCAUGUUGUCGGUUGCGGUGGCUAGCAAUCGUCGCCUGAGAAGCUCGAGUUCGCCGCGUUCAAGCAUGCAACCACCAGCGAAGCGCUUCAGAAAUGGAGCCAACAGGCGGCAGUUCUCCGGGCAGCUGAUCAAGAACAGUUGAAGACGGCCGAGCGUCUAAGUGCCGUCUUUUCCUUUUUUCGUUGUCAUAAAUCUUCAGAUUCUUCUGAUGAGCGCCUGACUGUCAAUUCGUUAUCGUCCGCAAUGAACAGUCUUCGCUCGUGUUGUGUACAUUGUGUACAGAUGGUAUUUGUGUAUGUGUAGUAUUUAAAUAUUGAAGGCACUUAGGAAUUUAUUAACUAUAUCAUUGUAUUAUCGAAUAAUGAUUAUGCGAUUAUUUUUACCGUUGUCCCGUAGCAGCAUCACUGCUACCUGCGCUAUUGUACAUUCUUGAAGUGCGGUUUUCGUCGUUUUAUUAAUUAUUAUAGAUUAUUGUAUUAACUUGCGUUUUAAUGAUAAUUCAAAAGAAUCAAUAUUCAUUCAGUUUUUCAAAUGUAAACUUGUAGUAUAUGACCUGUAAACUUUCGGAUUUAGAGCUCUUCAAGAGUUUAAAAGCAUGAGAUGAAGGGUUUUAAAUUAUUACGGAUAUAUAGAUAAUGAGACAAAACUAUAAGGGGAGAUAUUCUUCCACUCUUGUAUCGUUUCGUUUUUUGUAAGUAGAUAAUCUUUUUUUAUACAAAGAGUACUACUAUUAAUAUGUAAAGAAGACAACAGUACCGCAAUAACUUUUCAACCAUGGUUCAAUCAAGGUGUUUUUUAGAGUACGCAAGACUGCAAAUACAGCUUUAUUAUAGAAUUAUCUUUUCGUUAUCAGAAGCAUCAAAUAAAUGUAACAUUCUAUUUUAAAAUACCUUGCAUCGAGAAAAUGUUCGGUAUCGCACGUCGAAUAUUUCGCGCAAGUUGUCUGCAGCGAAGCGCUGCGGAAAAUUGCGAGAAAAGUCGAUAUGACGCAAUACUGAAGAUUAGCCCCGUUCAAGAAAAAACACCUAAAUACCCUAUUGAAUGAAAGAUAUUGUAAAUCUGUCGAGAAUACAGAGAAAAUCGAAAGGAUGAUUAUUAAAGAAAAUUGAAUUUUCCAUAUAAAAAA